AUGUCUACCUUUAUAAGAGGUCCUGUUUGUGGAACUGACAAUUGUCCAUCAAGGCUAUGGAGAAUUAUUGAUGGUAGAAGAACAUGUCGUUAUGGACAUGUUAUGGAUGGUGAUAUAGAGUUCAAUAACGAUGAAGACGAUGUUGGUGGUAACGCUAUGGCAGGUGUUGCUUCCUCUGGUGUCGUCACUAGAAGACUAAACUUGACAACGAACGCUGUUGGUGGUUUCCAAGCCAGUUUGGAUCCAUCUCAAAUUGGACAAAUGGAUAAGCUGCGACAGCAAAAGGAUAAAAAAAGAAAACUGUCCGGAGUGGAAGCAGAUAGAAUGUUCUUGAGGUGUAUUCAGUAUAUUCUUCGAAAGCAAUGUAGAAUGCUAAUAACCAAAAAAUCAUUUCCCGAGUCAUUCGAAUCCACUGUCAAACUAAUAUGGAUAAGACUAUUACAAGAUAUAGAUCAGAAAAAUAGUUAUGAUUUAAGAGCACACGCACCUGAAGAUGGUAGUGAUAGUGAUAAUGAACCCAUUGAAGAUCAAGGGCGCUCAAAAAACAGGUUGCAUGCUGAUCGAGAACCGAGACAUCAACCUCUAGGGAUUCACAUGCUGACAACAAUUUCUAUUCUGUACCUGGCAUCAUAUUUGAUGGGAUUACCUGUGUACACAAAUGACUUUAUCAGAUGGAUUUGCAAUCAGGAUAUUCCGUACUUUCAUACCUCUCGUCACCUUCCUCACAAUUUCAAAUCAAGGUUGCCGGGCUAUUACUUUAUGCUUUUAGAUGGUAGUAAACCGCCUAGGAAAGGAGCAUAUUUUGCACAGAUAUCAGCAGUUGCAGCAAAGGUUAGAUUUUCUACGUUAUGUAAGGAUUCAUUGUUUCUGGAAGGGUUGCUUCUCAAGACUACUUUACAGCUUACAAUCCCGCCAAUCAUUUAUUUGAAAGUAAAUUACUUGAUAAACGCUAUUGAUCCGGAAAGGGAGAGUUUUCAUUUACCAGAAAGUGAGAGGUUUCUAAAGAAAAGGAGGCAGAUAAAUACAAUGCCGGAGUAUAGGUUACUGGCAUACUUAAUUAUUACACUGAGAUACGAAUUACUAUUGAACUCGGAUAACUACUCGGAGAGUUAUGUGCGAUCUCUUAUAGAACAGCCAUAUCCUGAUAUUGAUCCCAGUGGUAAAACUGUGCAAAAUCAAAUAUCAAAUGUUUCUUAUGGUAGGAUCAAUAUUGAAAACAUUACCAGGUGGUCGAAAGAUGAAACCAUGGACUAUCUUGAUUUUAUUGAAAACAAACUAGUUCACGGUAAUGAUGAGUUAUCUCAGCAGAGUCCCUUUUCAGACCUAACUAUUGAUCAGAAGAUUGCCAAAAGGCAACUCUUUAAGUUGUUUCCUAUUAAGGACUCUAUAGAUAGUAAGAUGGAGAGACGGAAAUUGCAGUCUUUUUCCAAUGAACUUCAGGAGAAAUACUUGAAACAAUUCAGCAUGCAUUCAGUAUAUUAUGAGCAGAAUACAAGUGAGUAUGUUAAGCUGGUGAGUGUUUUGGAGGAUCGAUUGAUAACAAUUUUGGCAGAAGAUUUUGCUGUUACUAAAAGACAAUUCGAAUUAUGUGUGAAGAGAAUAGAGCACCAGAUAAAAAGAGCCUCAAUAUAG